AUGCAUUUAUCUUCAUAUUUAUUCUUCCCCAUUUUUCUUUUUCUUUCUUUCUUUCGUUCUUUCUUUCUUUCUUUCUUUUUCAUUUUUCUUUCUUUCUUUCUUUUUCAUUUUUCUUUAUUUCUUUCCCUCAGUCUUUCUUUCUUUCCCUCAGUCUUUCUUUCUUUCUUUUUCCCAUCUUUUUGCCUAAUAUUUCUUUUAUCCGAUGAAAUAUUUCUGUUUAGUCUAUGUAUUUAUUUUCAUAUUUAUUCUUCCCCAUUUUUCUUUUCCAUUCUUUCUUUCUUUUUUCCUUUUUCUUUCUUUCUUUCUCUCAUUCUUUCUUUCUUUCUUUCUUUUCCCUAUAUUUUUAUUUACACUUUCUUUAAUUCGAUGAAACAUUUAUUUUUUUAUCUUUUUCUAUACUUCCGUUUUCAUAUUUAUUCUUCUCCACUUACUUUUAUUUUGUCUCGUCAGAUAUUUCUUAUUUCGUAUAAUUCUUUUUCAUAUUUAUUCUUCUCCAUUUUUCUUUCUUUCUUUCUUUUCCUAUCUUCUUUUAUUCCUAUUAAAUAUUUACUUUAUUUUCUAUACUUUUUCACAUUUAUUUUUAUUCUUUCUUUCUUUCUUUUCCUAUCUUCUUUUAUUCCUAUUAAAUAUUUACUUUUACUUUUUUCUACAAUUUUUCAUAUUUAUUCUUCUCCAUUUUUCUUUCUUUCUUUCUUUUCCUAUCUUCUUUUAUUCCUAUUAAAUAUUUACUUUAUUUUCUAUACUUUUUCACAUUUAUUUUUAUUCUUUCUUUCUUUCUUUCUUUUCCUAUCUUCUUUUAUUCCUAUUAAAUAUUUACUUUUACUUUUUUCUACACUUUUUCACAUCUAUUUUUAUUCUUUCUUUCUUUCUUUCUUUUCCUAUCUUCUUUUAUUUCUAUUAAAUAUUUCCUUUUAUUUUUUUCUAUACUUUUUCACAUUUAUUUUUAUUCUUUCUUUCUUUCUUUCUUUCUUUCUUUUCCUAUCUUCUUUUAUUCCUAUUAAAUAUUUACUUUUACUUUUUUCUAUACUUUUUCACAUUUAUUUUUAUUCUUUCUUUCUUUCUUUCUUUUCCUAUCUUCUUUUAUUCCUAUUAAAUAUUUACUUUUACUUUUUUCUACACUUUUUCACAUUUAUUUUUAUUCUUUCUUUCUUUCUUUCUUUCUUUCUUUCUUUCUUUUCUUUUUCUUUUCCUAUCUUCUUUUAUUCCUAUUAA